AUUUAUUCACCGGGGAUUGUGGAGAGAAGAUCUACUGCUGCUGUCGCUGCUGAUGUACGUGAAGCUCUACAGCGAUAUCUUGCACUUGAUGGGGCAGUUGUACAAACACCCUUCUCUGAAUUGGUGCCUGAGGCGGUGGCGACACGCUUCCAUGAGUAUCUAGAGUCUUUUGCUGCGGCGAGUGAUAAGGGGAAGGACUACGCCGUUGUUACUACGCUUGCCUCCGUUAGUCGUGGGUCUGGGUGUGUACGAAUAGGGCCAGAUAGUUACUUGGAGUUGCAAUUACCCCACGGUGUACAAUUUGCUGCAUCAACACUGAAUGAUACCAAUUCCAACUCCCGACAGAGUCUUGCUGUGCGUUCUAUUGCUCUUCGUGGGUUUUGCCGACAGGAUUCAAAUGAGUUUGGUAAGAGUAGUGAUGACUUUUCGGAAGUAUUCUGCAUUGAAACAUCACUUCGGGUAAGGCAAUACACCGCGUAUCCAUUUGAUGGUGGUCUUGAGGCACAUCUUGAGAAACAACGUCAAUUUGUGGAAAUGAAUGACUUGCAACGGGGAUUCUCUUCGGAAUUCCAACAUGCACCGGAGUCUCCUGUUCGAAGAGGUUAUAUGUCUGAACCACAAACGGCGCCACAGACAAGGAAACCUUUGACUUCUAGCAGUUCAGAUGAACAAAAUUUACGCCAUGAAGAGAGAGAGCAGCAAGAGCAGGUGCGUGAGAUAUCACCGUUGUCAUCGUCACCGCAGAUACAUCAUUCACAAGACAAGGAUGCCCCUCGAGAAGUAGAAAAAUUUGAGCAAAACAUAUUGUUGCUGCAUCAGCGUGAUAAUAAAUUGGAGAAGAAAGACUCUUGUAGUUUGUCAGAUUCACCUACUCAGAACCCCUUACUAUCUGCUACAGGUAUUAAUAAUAACACCACUCAUAGAUUUUUAACUUGUGUUUCUGCAACUGAUUUGAGUGCCACUGGACUAGACAUGGAAGAAGAAGAAGAAGAGGAGGAAGAGGAGACUCCAGAGAAUCUUGAUAAUGCGAGUAAUGAGAGCUGCUAUAUUGGAAAUGAUGCAUUUGCGGCUCCAGCCAUAGAUUCUGAACCCGUGUCUAAGGCAUCAGUUGGGGCUGAAGAUGAUAGUCUUGUGAUGCGUCCAUCUGAAUCAUUUUCAUCGUUCCUACGUCCAUUCUUUCUACACUCGCUUGGAGGUGAUGAGAAUGUAUGGCUCAAAUACAAUAAACCGUCACUCUCUGGAGUUCGAGGUCCCCGUGAUCGGACGUACUUUAACGCAGCGAUUCCCUCGACGGUUUUUUUUGCCGCUAUGGAACCCCACCAGUCACCGCAGUUCCGCAUGGCGCAAGAUGAAACUAAGUUUGUUCAAAGGAGCGGCAUAAAUAUCAAUAACCAUGACGAUGGGGACGAUGAAGAGGCGGAUAUAUGGGCGCUUCGUCGCACAGAUAAUAGUAAGCGGUCACAGGAGGGAUCCACAUCAAAGCAUUUACAUGUAGAGGCUGUAUCACCAUUGAUCGCACUGGUAACACCACAGUUUGUACGAAAAAUAUGUUUUGAUGCCGAGAUGAGGUUUCUCGCACUAGUGCGACACUACCAACGACCACCCGCCACACCUUCCGGCGAUGUUAGUGUUGUUGGAACCAGUGAGGCUGAUCGCACCGGGGGAUUUACACAACAAAUGCAGCAUGGAAAGCGGCGGGGUAUUCAUAAGAAGGAUCUAAGCAAAAAUCGUGUUCAUCAAAAACGAUGGUUAUCGGCAGUUCGAAUUAUUAGUGUUAUUCUUCCGUGUAUUGAGGUCAAAGUACUUACAGAACUCCCUGUACCACCCGAAAAUAUGGCACCCAACACAACUUGUAAUGGAGUCUAUACAACAAUGCUUGGCGUUCGAUCAUUUCAGUUUGUCAUGCAACGAACUGUUCCUCCAGCACACGCUGCUAUGAAUGUUGAGAAAACUGUCAUUUCUGCUUCUGUCACACUCUCUUCUCUGGCUAUUAUUACACAGGUGGAGUAUGAGCCUGGAAUUCGGCAUGGAAAUCUACACAUAAAAAUUCCAGGAGUUGUGUAUGAUGAUGAAAAAGACACUCUUGCUGUAGCAUAUCUCACCUCAUUCUGUGGACGAGGAAGACGUACCACUUCGCAAGGCAUGCAGAAUGGCAGUUGUCACAUAACUGUAGACACCAUGGCUUUCCAUAUUACAUGUGAUUUUUUUCACUACGUACGGUCAAUGAAGGCAUUGUUUGAGCAGCUACAAAAAAUGCGCCACUCACAGAACCAAGAGGGCAUUUCUUAUUCUGAUUUGCAAGAAUCAAUCAAUAUUUUCCAUCAACGCGGGAAUAGCAUGCGUGAUUUUGUGUUUCCAAGACUCUCACAACAGUCAGAAUACCCUUUUUUAUCAACAGACUAUGGUAUAGAGGCCAAUCUAAUCCUACAAGGUGUAGCUUCCAUCAACUGUGUGCGGAUCGAACUUUUUGACGUUACUCGUGAGGGCAAAUACCUGCAGGUUUCCACCGAUCGUCCGAGUUUUAUUGAAAUAAAGCGUCCUUCCGCCAAGUUUCUUGCAAAGGUACCAAUGAAGGGUAAAGGUGAGGGUGGGAUACAUAUUGCAGACAACAGAAAAUCCCCAUUUGCUUCAAGACCCUCUGCAUUAUGGGGUGCAUUCUCAGCUGAAGAUGUCAACCGCCCCGUAUUACCACCAGAGCGACAUCGAAAACAACGGCGAGACGCACAGGUUAACUUUAUUGGGGAGGUGGACUCUUUACUAAUAAAGUGUUAUCCGUCUUUACUUCAUAUAUUUGGUGCAGCGAAAGAGAAGUCAUUAGGUGUACUACCCCCAAGUAAUAGGAGGAGGAGCUCGCUACAGGGUUUCCCAACCGCUGUACAUGAGCUUCUAAAUCUUUCUGAAAUGAAUGCAUCUGGUGGUGGAAUUGGAGUUGUAUUUGUGGGAAGCUUCACUUUACAUCAGCUGGAUGUAUCGAUGCUAUAUUCAGAGUUAAAUUUCAUGCAGUUUAAAGGGUCAAAGAUAACUGGAUGUGGUGAGUCUCGCACGGAACAUGUGAGUUCACGAGAGUGUGUUCAGACACAUGUUCUUACUGCAGCGAUUUCUGAAAAAAUUCGGGAAAAGUUACGCCAAUUGGCAAAAAGGGCACGAGAACGUGCUCCUAAGAGCCGUUGCGCCGCUCCUCCCUCUGUUACACCACAACUUCAUUUAAAGAGUAGCGCUGUUUUCUUCGCAGAGACAAUAUUCCUUCAGUAUGUUGCCGAUGUGAUUGUGCCAGGUACUACCACUAGUAGUGAAAGCACCACUUUGAAUACACUUCGAAGUCAAGAAGAGUCAAGUGUCUUUAUUGCAGUUGUCAAGAAUAUGGCUCUGGGAAUACACAAAGCGAGCCAAAACGUUUGUUUCAGUGGCGAUCGAGACUCCAAAGAUUAUUCAGAGAAAGAUUUUAAGGUGGGCCGUGAAGGAGAGCAAAUAAAUCUUCAAAUAGAUGUUGGAAAAAUUACGGUAUCAUCACCAUAUCGUCCCCAGGCUACUGAGACAGUACGGCCGCAACUGCAUGAAUGGUUGCAAGGUUGGAUGGAUGCGAGAAAGAUUUUACAAGCGAUGCGAGAUGCUCGAGCAACAUCUACUCAUGAGGGUUAUUUCUCCUUGUCAGAAAAUUCAGCGAAAAGAAUGCACGCAUGGUUUUGUGCAAUGCAGAUACAUGAUGUUCGUGUGAAAAAUGAUUUGCCCCAGGGUAUUACUUUGGAACUGUAUAUUCCUCUUGUUUCAGCCUUUUUAAAUGCCUCUUCCGAUCAGCGUUUAGCACUCAAGACACAUUUUCAUCCCUUCACACUGACUUCCAAAAGUUCUUCAAUGGGACACCAUGCUGUUGAGUUGCCAAGUGUUUAUAUUAUCUACGCCAAAGAUGAGGUUAGACAGACAGGUACGUGUUUGAUGCAGAGUGUUGAAUUUCAUGUGUCACCAAUUAUUAUUACUCAUGUGUUGUUAAUUAUGGAGAGACUUGUAGCGGUACGUGAGGCAUUAUUAAAUCCAAUUAGUGUAGAAGAAGAAGAAAACAGAGGUCCUACAAAGUUUCAGAUACCAAAACAAAUACAGUCAAAUGUUCCUUUGGCGAAGAGAAGUCACUUUUUGUUUCUUCUUGCAGGACUUCGAAUGUCGUACCUUACAUCCAUGACGAACCUACGCUUUUCCAUACGUAGACUUAGCGUGAUGACGGAUAAGGUCUCUUGUGGUAAGCAGCUAAAAACGGAUAUAGUGGCAAAUGUCUCUAAUGCACAAGUUGCACUUGUAGAUCGUGAUGAUUAUGAUCAACUACAAGCUGCGUUGCGUCAGGCUGCAAUGCACACUCGUAGCGAAUCCUCCGUGCCUAGUACAAAGGCAGCACUGUUUGUUCACCGUCCCGCCUUUGCACAAACUAGUGAAUUACCACAAGCAGUUCGUCCACUGAGCGGUUUUAUUUGGGGUCUUUUUGAAGCCUCAUUUUCCCUUUCAAGGCGUAUGAGUGAUAUAAAUGAGCUACGCGCAGCACUAGAGGACCUCCUCGCUAACUCACCGGUAUCACCUGUGGAUUUACGUGAGUUAAAUAAACUUGGGAGUACUGCCACACGAUGGAACAUAUCAGUCACUUCACCACUUAUUAUUGCUCGAAUCGGGUUAAUCUCACUGUUACAACGAUCCAUUGAUGAGACCAAAGACCUUGUGGAAAAAAUUAGGUUUGCGGCACAGCAAGAGGGUCGUUUGUUCCAUAGACAACUAACGAAGUCAGCGGCGUACCGACGACUUGUGCGAGUGCGUAAACAGAUGGAGGCUGUUAAGAGAAAGUCAAAAAGGUUGAAUAUUGAGCGUCUCAGAAAUCUUACUGCACAGAUGAUGCCUAAGAGCGGCUCGACAUUUCAGCGACGCUCUUCGUUAUCCUCACCUGGCGAUACUACAGUUCGUGAUUCUAUGGAGGAAGAUCUUUUAAAUGCUACCUCUGACAACAAGUUUGUUGCAACAGUGUCAAAUUUUCUCGUCGUUAUGCCCUUCGGGGAUGCCGCAUAUCGCAGCAUUUUGGAAGAAUUACCAGACGUAUAUGUGAAUGGACGUGGUGAUCCUGUGCUGAACCGCAAGAAAUUUAUUCCCACUAUGGCAUUAAAGAUGAAGGUGGAAAAAAUUACAUUUAUAUGUGGACUUCUUAAGACGCAACGAUGCGUGCCUGUGAUUCCACCUACACUUAAAAACAAUUCCGCUGUAUUUCUUAGAGAAAUAGAUGAACCUUCCAGCACAAAGUUAAAAUAUACAGCUCACUUUGUGCUGGAUGAUGCGAACUUGUACUUUAGUGAUGGCUCACCUAUUAAUUUGGACUCUUCAGCAAGAGAAUUGCUUGGUACAACACAUAUACUUGGAGGCCUCGGUAUCCUCACCAGCUCCGACCGUGAGGAGUAUCGUUACUCUUUGUCAAAGUUAUAUUUGAACUCUAUUGAUAUUCCGCUUCAUAUUACUAAGCAAGGGAAUGAGGUGAAGAUAGGUGCCAUUGCAGAAAUGAGUGCUCCUAGGGUCAGUCUUUCAACACGUGUUGUGAGUAUUCUUAGCCAGCUUAUUCAGGAAAUACCAUUAAAAGCAUUCCCUCCUUUUUCCCAACAACGUGCAGCAGCUAACGCGACGAGUGAUGGCACUAUCACCACCACAGUAUCGUCAGCAACCGUAAGAGGAGCAAGUGUAGAGUCGGAUUUUUAUGUUGACCCAGUGGCUUUAUUAGAAGAACCGCAAUCGAUAGAUAAAAAGACCCCAUUAUUAUACUCCUUUGACGUAACGGCACGACUUGAUCGUGGUGAAGUGAUCAUUUACUCUGUCCAAAAGGAUUCUACUACUGGGGCCCCUGUAUCUUCGCAAAUAGGAGAUCCUUUAACGAGUAAAAACGCACGCUUAAAUCGGAGACGUGUGAGGUUCUCUUUUGUUUCGGAUAAAAAUGGGAAUGUCUUUCCUUCUACCCCUGCUGGUACUGCUGCUGGUGUAUCACAAAAAGGAAGUCCCAUGGCGGCACUUCUUACAAUACCAAUUCCUGACAUUACCGCGCGGGUCGUAGUAACAUUUGGUGGUAGUAUGAGUGAUGAGGAGCAAACAAUCAUUCUUGUGGAAAUGCGGGCAAGGACUAUAGAGAUUGGUCCUUCAAUAGUCUCACUUGCGCAAGAGAUUGAAGAAUGGAUGACAGUAUAUGAUCGUGAUAAGAGUGAACGGGCUGGUAAGAUCCUCGCUAUUGUGAAAGAAUGGGAGAAUGAUAUCACCAAUAGUAUACUUUCUUUGCAUUCACCUAUUGCUGAUGUGGCGUUACCGUUACCACGUGCCUUUGCUGCUGGAAUGAUUCAAAUUCGUGCAACCUCAAGCAAUGUUAGUGCUUUACGACGACUUCAACGACAACGACAGAGUCGGGUCUUUUCGCCAAGCAUGCUAGGCCGUUCAAAGUUGGCACCAAUUAAGAAAGUUGACACUAAGAAAAGCAGUUUUAUGAGUAUUCAUAUACGCCUAACUGGAUUUCGUCUUGUGUUGACAACAGAACCUGUCUCAACAGUUGGCCUCUCACUGUUUUUAGAGGAACGUGGUGGAAGUCUUGAUUUCUUUGUGAAACGGGUAUUAGGAAAACACUCAUUAUGGUUUGGCGACGUACCAGCAGCUACUCCUCCAGUGGUGUCAUUCUUUCUCUGCGUACGUCGUUUGCGGGUGGAGUGUCAGGCGAAGUUAGAGGUGAAAUCAUUUGAAAUGGAUCUCCCGGAAUUGGAGAUGUGCGCUGCACUUCGUCGUCGUAGUCGCCAUCGCAAAACAUGGUCGUUGAUGAAUUUAUCUAUAUACAUUCCGCCGGGUGGUUCAGGUGGUACGGAGUUGAGUAUUACACUGCGCGCAACACACUUGUCACAACUCUUUAUUGUUCAGGAACUUUGGCACAGAACCUUGUACGCGUCGCUUCACAGCAUUCGUCAAAUGUUCGCCCGCGGAGCUCAUAUAAUUAAAGAAAAUGUGAGUAAAAACCCUGUUAUACAGCGACGUAUGGCUUCAUUACAGAAGAUUAUUGUAGAGGAGACGCUUAUGGUUGUACUUACAGCUUCGCACAGCAAGGUACGUAUUGAUCUUGGUUCGGGCAACGCUCAGCAAGCAUCACUUGGUGGUAUUAACUUUGCGUUACAGUCCACAAAAACCGCUAAUCACGCUUGCCGCAAGGUAUGUUUUGACUUGGCUGUGAGAUCCUUCAUGUUACGCUCCGAAGGUGUUCUUUCUGGCGCAGCAAGCCUUGAAAAUGGCUUUCUAAAAGGAUUUUUAAUAGAAAAUGCGGAUGGUGUGAAAGUGUUAACGCGCUCACCUGGAGGACGAACAUUCCGUCAGGCAAUGUGUACACAAAAAUUGCAUAUAAUGUUUAAGGAGAGGCAGCUCAAGGAUGUGUUUGAGUGUCAUGUUGGGGAGUUCUCUGGAAAUGCUAUGGAUGGUGUUGGAGAGGAGGACAGUGCCACAGUCCAUGCAGAAAUGUUUCUAAGAAGAGGUAAUGUAUUGAUAACUCCAAGCACCGUCCCGGCAUUUCUCAGCACCAUUAGGAUUUUUAGCGAGAUUGUCGCAGCCCAACAGAAGGUGACAGCGGAAAAACUUAUUGAUAGUGGUGUACAGGGAAUAAAAACUUCGUUAACAGAGAAGAUGAAAGACGUUGUUCGCGGUGUUGAGUGGGUUCUGGAUCACCGCAAUUCCACUGGAGUGGACAAGAGUGCAAAUCUUCUCUCAGACUCUCCUGAAACUGCUGGUGCUGCUAAUGCUUUGAGUGAUGGCGACAGGAAAGCUAAUGUGAGUACUGUAUCCAAAGAAAUUGAUAACAGCAAGAGCAAUAUGUGUAUUCUUUUUAUGGGGAAUCCCCUUACACGCAUUCCAUGUGGUCAAAUCGAAAUAAAAGUUGAACAGACGACUUUAUUGUUGGGAAAUGCCCCAAAAGGUAUGAAUACCUUAAGUAGUCUCGUAGCAAGUUUUCCCCGGGCAACACUUUCCUUUGCGGAGUGUCCAAGUGAAGGUAGAAGUGUGAUAAAAAAGAUGCUAGUACUUGAUGCGGAAAAUGUAGAGCUUUUCCGACCUGGUUCCGUUAAGGUACUUAUUCUAGGUUUCCGCGGGCCCAAUAAGUUUGAAUUUUACUCUAGACAAAAGAUAGGAGAAAGUGAGGUGGGGUUUGUGCUGAGUUUGGAUCAGGCACACCCUUGGACUGGGAACCCACGUUUCCAAGAUUUUCAAGAAAUGAUUCAGCUCGCCCGCUCCUUUACUGCAAAAAGUAAUGCCGAGGUUUUUCAACAUUUUGGUGAAGUUGAUCAUUUAUGGCCUAAUGAAAGAGAAAAAGUCGCUACUGCUGAUGAUAAUGAAAGUAAAACAGUCAAGCAAGAUGUCGAGACAAAACCCGUAGAUGAGAGACGCCUAAAAGCAUUAAAAAACGUAAAAUUUUCACCUCAUUUACGUUUUGGGGGUGACGUUGCAGUUAAUAUCGAUGUCAUUCUUAAUUGGCUUGGUAUAUCAGAGAAAAUGUUGCCGUAUAUUAUUCAUGUGAAACUGUGCGAUAAAAUGGAAGCCCUUUUGAACCACCUUUAUGAAAAAGAAGUAACGAAUAUGUAA